GUUGUAUAAAUUGUCGUGUGUGAAACGUUAGAAAAUAGAAUAGAAUGAGUAAAAGUAAAGCACUGCGCAAUAAAAUAAGAGAGCUGGCCGAUGCCAACAAAAUAGAUCCUAGGGAUGAGCAGGAGCUAAAUCAGCUACAGGAGGCAGUAGAGGGGAUUUACAAGACAUUUGAGAUUUUGCAGGCCGAAAAUGCUCACUUGAAGCGAAAAGUUAAUGAUUUACAAGGAAAGGCGAUGGAAGCUGAAUACUUGUCACAUGACCUCUCAGCAAACCUAAACCACCAAAACGCCAUGAUUGAUAACAUGGAAAACGAUAUGGAGGAUAUGCAGAAGUACUAUGAAAGAGAAGUCGAGCAAUCAAAGUUUAAUGAGGAAGUCCUUAAGUGUCGCUGUGAUCAGUUGAAAGAGGAGCUAAUGAAUUCAAAAUGUGCGGCUCAGAGUGCAGAGUGUCUGCAAAUAGAAGUCGAUGUCCUGAGGAAUGAGUUACGCAAGCGAGACGUUGCUUUGAAUGCCUAUGAUUGCCAAUACCAACAGUUGAUGCGCAAGUCUAAAAUGUUUAGGAAGACUGGCUAUCGUUUACUUGACGUUCUACCUGAGAGUGGCAAUGAUAGUUGCUUUUCUGGAGCCGAAGAGGAGGAAGGUGGAGAAUGUACAUGUUAGUGUAGCCCAAGCAAAAUUUCGUUUUCCUCUUGUAACUAUUGUUUCAAAAUUUGUUCGUAAACUCUGAAAUUGUUAAGUCGUCACUAGAAAUUAAAAGUGUUUGAGCCUAAUGA